AUGGCCUCCACGGCUCUUUUGCCCUUGCACAAUCCUUGAAUCAGAACGUUGUACGGUAUAACACUGGAAUUCUCCCCAUCCUCCUCCAUUACACGGAUUACUUCCUUGGCCAUCGCAAGGUUCUUCAAUUCACACGUACUUUUGAUCACUGCUGUGUACACAAACACAUCUGGGCGAAUGCCAAUGCUUAAGAUACCUUCAAAGAUUGCCAGAACCAAGUCGGAGCGCCUGAUCUUUAUCAAAGCUUUCAUCAGAAGGCUACAUGUCUUGACCUCCACUGGAAUCCUGCGGAAGAUCGUUAACCUAACGACGGCUAGAGCAUCCAGUAUCCUUUGAUUAUGUACGUACGUCUGGACCAACAAAUCCAAUGCCGCAUUAUGCCGGAGCCCGGAAUGCUCCUGAGACCUCAGGAGGGACUCGAAGGCCUCAUUCGGAUCGGUCCGGCGGGUGAUCAGGGACUGGAUUAGGGACGAAGCGGGCCAGUGGAGGCCGUGCCGGAUUAGCGCGCAAACCAAGAUGCAGAAGGAGAAGGUGGAGUGCUCGAAACCUCGGUGGAGGCCCAGAAAGUUGAAGAAGCUAAGCCCCAACCUCGGGUCGUCCAGGGUCUGCAACAGGAGUUCUUCGACGUGGCGGGGUUUCAGCCGUUGGGAUACAAAGGGGUUGCUGAGGGAGACCCUCCAGCUCUGCUUCGACACCAGUAUACGCCGGAGAAUGUUGACGAAACCUUCGUCCCUCUCGUGACCACCGCCGCCACCCAUGGUGGUUGGGGAAGGAAGAGGGUCCUCCGAGAGAGCGCCAUUGCGGAGCUUUCUGGAGAUGGAGGAGAGGUGGCGGGUCUGCAGCGAGGAAGGGGGGCGGAUGGGGUUCAUUCCCCGUGGAAGAAGCCGAGCUGAAGGGAAGGUCCCCCUCCUCUUCUGUUGAAUCAGUAACCAUAUAGUUAGCAGUUGUACCUUAAAAAGGUUAUAUGAACAUUAUUAUGUUUUGUAGGAGUAUUAUGGAAAAUCAGGAAAGCCUGAAAGCAGAGUAAAAAAGGAAUAUUAAGAGAUUGUUGAGGUUAUGGAGGAUAGCUUUCUUUCAAGUGGGGGGAUUUGCCAAGUUUGCUAGUUCCGACCAUUUGGCCGAAGGGUCUGAGGCGAAUUCGAGGUCUCCGCCGCCCAUUCGACGGUAGGCGCCGGGCGGGCACACACCCUUCGUCCCUAGUUGCCGCUUUCGAGCUCUCUGCAGACUACGGGUUCGACGGAAAGGGGGAGUUUGUCUCUCAUAAUGUCUUCGAAUUUGGACUUCGUAAGGCUCUCUCUCUCUCUCUCUCAUCCUCAGAGAAUCUCGCCGUCGGCCUUGGGGGAGUGAUUUUUGUCUAUCACAGUACUCUCUCACUUCACCUUGUUUUCUAAACUGUAGGAGGAUGAUUUCGCCGCCGAUUUUCCAGGGAGCAAUGGUGCUCGAAGAACGGGUAAAUGUUACUGUUGUUUGUGUUUGCAAUACUAGGAGAUACAUAACCGCUAAAGUAAAAAUGAUCUGUAUGAUUUUAGGGGAUAAACGUGGAUUCGGAGACCUCGACGAAGAAGAGGAUGAUGUUUUCAACAAUAAGAAGGUACAUGUUUGUCAUUGAGAAAUUUUGAUCGGAUUUUGAAUGUGCAGUUGGGAGGGGAAGAAAAAACACGGGACAUAAUGCUGUUAUCUUGUUCUUCCUGUACACGAUUUCUUCACGUAUAUGUAUUUGGCUUGCUUUGGUGCCUGCUUCGAAGUAAAUUAAUGUCAAAACUUUUCCUUUUUGAAAACUUCUGAAUAGCGUCAUAAUAAAAGGACAACACCUAUCAUGCUCUGGGAGAGCUUUAUAUAGAAGAAUUUUUUUACUUAAUUUAUAUACGUUAGUUUCUCUCAUUUGAGAACAAAGUUGUCUUUUUGUUUUUAACUAUACAUUUAAGCUGCCAAAAUCAUUUUCUGCAGAAAUCAAAGUGAGUACAUAUCAUGUUAGGGAGUGUAAAAUUAGUUUUCUGAAUGAACUUAUUAAAUUAUUUUCCGACAAGUUGCUUUUGAAGCUGUAUAGCAUGUGGAGUGACAGAUUUAACACGACUAAGUAUUAACGAAUUUGCCAACUAUCUUCGACAAACAAGGCUACAUCAGGAAUACAGUACAGGUGAAUUUGAUGCAAUUUAUAUUUCUGUAAUAUAAAUAUGUAUCUCUAGGCUGUUUUCCGUUCCCAUUUUUUUCAGGAUAUGUUGGAGUUUUUUAAAAAAAUAUUUUUUUGAUGUUGCUGUGAAUAUUACAGAUCUUAUUGACUUCCUUACAGGCUAUCCCUCUGCCUCAAGGCUAUUUAUAUCUGCAUCCUAUUUAUCAAUCCAUAAUUUUAUAGCUACUGGUUUUCAUUUUUAGAUGGUAGGAGUUACCUUCUACUUUUUGUUUCCAUUUUUUUAAUUUUUAGUUUUAUCAAUAUAACAGUGAAGAUAACACUCCUAGAAAGCUAUUGAUUUGUUCGGCCUCAGCAAAAACACGUAUUACACGCAUGUUACUCUUAUUUUUCCUUUAUUGUGCACCAAAAAAUGAGGGAGAAAAGAGAAUAAUGUUGUCAUUGUAAUGUCCUGGAAACUUAUGUUCCAGCAUAUUUGCAAGAUAUAUUAGUACCCUGCUUUCCAGUGGAGUAUCUGAUCAUUUUCCUUCUUUUUUUCUUUGUCCUUCGUUUAUCCAUAUGUUCACCUGGUAAUAUCUGCAUCCUGAUGUCUCCUAGUUUGUCACUUUACUUUGAAUUGGAAUCAUUCGUUAUGAUGAUAACUGAAUUGUAUCUGUCAUGUACACAAUGUGGGUGACACGAUUCUUUCUCUUAUUGUUUUUGCAAUUAAGGGAAAACCGAAGAUAGAAGACAGUGCCGGUGCAACCACAGGGGUCAUUCUAUCGCUUCGUGAGAGGUACUAUAUGUGCCUGUUUCAAAUCAAUUAAUUCAACUUGAGCAAGGUGCUCAGAGAAGUGAUUCAUUCAUCUGUGCUAUGAGGCAUUUGAUGUUUGUUUUUUUCUUUCUCAUCAGCCUUCAAACUUGUAAGGAUGACCUUGCUUCAUGUCAGGUACUUAACUCUUUUAGUGGAGUUUUUGCCAUUCUUUCCGUGCUCUUCUUAUAGAUUGAUCCUUGGUUAGUGUAAUGUUUGCCUUCAUCAUACUCAGAGCCUCUGACAUAUAUCUUCUGCCUCAUAUUCCUUCUCCUCGUUUAAAUAUUGUAUGCAAUAUUUUUUUCAUUUAGUCUUUUUGAGACAUUCAUCUUUUUCUCAUUUACUAAAAUUGAAAAAGAAAGAAGGCAGAAUAAGUGCUGUUGAUCCCUCCGUUCUCUGUGGUAGUCCAGAGCCUAAUCUCUUUGCCAUCACAAAUUGCAAUCUCCACUCUCCAUCCAGUUAUUAAUCCGAAUCCCAGUCUUAGCAUCGAUGUAUUUUAUGAGUUCCUUUGCCCUCCAUAAAAUCUGCAACAAGUAGACAGCUCAUCACUAAAAACGUUCCAUAGCUAAUUUUUAAGGCCGAACUUCUUCAAAAAUAAAAAACUAAAAUUUUUAACCUCGACAAUCUCCUUCCUCUGUCUUCUUGCUUAUUAGCUCCAUUGUGGUCAUGUAUAAACCUAGACAAUUUCAAUUUUCAUCACUAACUCUUUUCUCGAUUGGUCGUUUCUUUCAGCACUUAUAUAGUAUAUGUGGACUAGACUGCCUGCUAAUAAUCAACAGACGCCUUCUGUCAAAGUUGUUUCCAUACUUUUCUAUCACGUUUUCCUAGAUUUCCAAUCUGGUAUCUUUUAGUGCAUAGUGCUUUUCGUGUUGCUAUUUAAGAUGGUGAAAUGAUUGCUGUCAUUAUUUUUUCCCCUUUCCCCAAGAUAGACGGAGCUUGAAGCAGUGAAAUCGGAGGUGAAAAAGUGGUGUUCCGCAUUUCAGAAUGAACCAGUCAUACCUGCUGGGACAUCCCCAGGUUCCUUUCUCCAGAUGUUUUUUAUUUCUUUUAAAAUCUUGCACUUUAGGUUUACCACUCGAAGAUUUCUCACAUGUCAUUGUUCACGACUGAUUGGAUUAUUUGUUGAAUUUCUUUUAGUAAUCCUGAUAAAUUGUUUAUACUGAAUUGUAGAGCCUGAGCUUGUGGUUAACUACCUCAAGAAGUUAAAAUCUUCUGAGGAGUCUUUGAAGGAACAGGUUUGUUUAAAGAAAAUACGUGUUCUUAUAAAAAUAUUAAAAAUUUCAUAUUUAAUACUUAAGGUUGAUGCUGGUUGUUCUUGUUAGCUUGAAAAAGCGAAGAAAAGGGAAGCUGCAUACAUAGUUACGUUUGCAAAACGUGAGCAAGAGAUUGCUGACUUGAAGGUAAAUUUAUCUUUUGGGUUACCUACCACAUUGCAUACCCCAAUUAGAUGCUCUUUUUUUCCAUGUUUUUGUUUCUAACUUGUAAACGUCACUGCACAGCUACUGUAUGUGGCAUCGCAGAAGAAGUGAAGUUAGGCUCUCUUUCUAUCCGAGAAUGAUAGGUUGCAGUACACAAUGCAUAAGCUUUGAUCAUUGAGCAUCUCAGCUUCUGAUACAUGUAUUCUACUUGUGUUGUUGUGGGGUAGAAAAUAGAGACAAUCUGCUGUAUUGGAAAGAGAAACUGGGCUAUCGUGAGCCCAAGAAAGUUGUUUUCAUUUACAUGUUUAGUUUCCCGGUAUAAAUGUAAACAAAUAGGAGAAAGAUCUAUAACCCUGAGACUAUUUUGUCUGAAGAGUUGCAGAUAAAGCUGUUUGGCCGUGUACUUGUAAUGUUUGGGGGGAAAAGCAAAAUGCCAUGUUCUGUCCUAGGAAGAGUAGGUUACUAAUUUUCAAUCCAUCAAAUAUUUUUUCAUCAAGUUAGAGACUUGUAUUCCUGCUGCGCUCAAAUUUGAAAGCAAUUCCAUAAACCCGUAAUUAGUUUUUUGAGUUGAUCUAUAGCCUUUAAGUUUGUCUUGAUAGAUGAGGGGAUUCUUGAAAUUGUUAGAAGAAGUAAAGCUUUUUUUUUUUAAUAUUUUCUCAGAUGUUACCCAGUCUUUUCAUCCCACCAAGUUUAUAGUGUUCUUAUGAGAAAUAGUUAAUGAGGCAUUUUAAAUUUUUUUAAGAGUUCAGGAUGUGAUAUAUCUGGAACAUACUUUCAUUGUUGGCUAAAGAAGAAUAUUGACUGGAAGUCUAUCACAUCUAACCUAAUGUUCAGUGAGAUUGUCAGAGUAAUAUAAAAGGAAAUGUCACUGGAUGCUUUACCGUUGUCCAUCAAUCUAUGUGUUCACUGCUGCAAAUCACGACAUAGUCCACCACAUUGUUGAAUUUGUUCAAACUAUAUUAGUCAAUUGUUUUCGUGAACAUUGUUUUCUUUACUUUUGUGUUCCUUCUGCAUGAUUCAAAAGUUUAACGGCCAUUAACUCAUGACCAGUCUGCAGUGAGGGAUUUGAGGGCUCAGCUGAGACCGCCAUCCAUGCAGGUAAUUAUAUUGCUCAUUCCCGUGGUGCUUACCCAACAUUUUCCGCCCGGAGGAUUUCAUCUGGCUGGAUGAAACGAUCCUUUGCUCUGAUGUGAUAUUUAUGCAUGCUUUUGUUAUGGAGAGGAAAUCAAGCAAUCUAAGCUGUUUUUUAUUAUGUUUUGUCACGGUGGCGCAUGGAAACUUAUAAAUCAACGGCCAAUAAGAACAUUGACUACCUGGGAGAAGUUGCUUCAAAGAAAUUUAUUUGAUUCAACGUUUUCCACCAGAUUAUGCAUACUACUAAUGAUCAUGAUAUAAUUCUCCUUCUCUGGGAUUUUAUAAGUAAAUGAUAGACGAUGAAUGGGAAAGUAGGUUGAGGUCAGUAAAGAUUGGGUAAUCUCUUAACUGAUUUCAUUUCUUUUGUGCCUGCAUCCUUUUACUGGUAGCUGAAACUAUUAUAGGCCGAAGAAUAUUUAUACUUCCUUUGUUGGUGCAUUUAUCUUUGAUUUUAUUAUUUAUGACAAUGCAACAUUAAUAACCAUAGAUUUUGAGGAACAUACCUGGCAUUAGUAGUCUGCUUACCCUAUUUUUCUAACAUUUCGGGUAAUCUUGGCAGACCAGAAAAUUGCUGCUUGAUCCUGCAAUUCACGAAGAAUUUACACGUCUGAAGGUGAACGACUAAAUCUCCCUAUUGAUUCAUUGCUGUUGAAAGAUUUCCUCGCAUUUACCUCCAUCUGACGCACCGGAUGAGUCAUUACUAUUAGUAGCCGACGAGUUGCCAGCUAAUCAUCCAGUUUUUCUCAGAAAGGUGUUGAAUUUACCGAUGAAUAUUUCAAAUGGCUGGUGCUCAGCUAGCUUCCUUCCUUGAUUAGCACUAAUGGAUAGCCUAAUUUCGCUCCCCCUCCCUCAAUUAUCAUGUUAACCAUUCGAUAAUUCGGGUAUAUUAGAUAUAUGCUCAAAUUUAUUGUUCUAAACCGAAUAGUUAUCAUAUUUUUUCCCUUUUUCAUGAAUCAAGAGAUUUCACGCUGUUCAUAAGUUUUUGUGAUCACCUUUUCCCUCUAUCUAUUUUCUCCGAAGCUGACGAACAUCUGCAUUUUCUUUUAUCCCGUGCUUUUGCUUGCUCUUAUUGGAUUACUGUUCUACCUUAUGGUAAAAGUUAAGAUUUAAGCUAAAAGAGAUGGUAGCAACCAAUUAUUUCAUAUUCAUCAGCGAUUAUGGCUUCAAACGCAUGCUCUUCAUGGCAGAAUAUGGUCGAGGAGAAGGAAAAGAAAAUAAAGGAGUUGCAGGAUAACAUCGCUGCCAUUAAUUUCACCCCACAAAGCAAGAACGGGAAAAUGUUAAUGGCGAAGUGUAGGACUUUACAGGAGGAAAACGAAGAGAUCGGGGCAAUGGCAUCUGAAGGAAAGGCAAGAACUUUACCUGAACUGGUGUUUAUUUCUCUUAAUCGCAUUCAAUCUACUUUCGGUAAUUACAGUUCAUAUAUCCUCAACAAGAAAUGACGAAAUGUGGAUUGCUUUGUCGAAUCUCGUCUACUUGAAUCAUGUGUAGAUCAUAUUAUUCUCUUAACGGGGUUUUAAUAUUAGAUAUUUCUAUGAAAUUUAGGAUUAAGUUAUGUAAUAGAAUUUCUACCGGGAGGAUUUAUCAUUUUAUGAAUUUCGGUUCUACUAACUGAUAGCAAGAACUUUAAAAAAAAUGGAACUAAUUUUUUUAUCUUCUAAUUUAGGAUUGUUUUGUCGAAUCUGGUCUACUUGAAUCAUCUGUCGAUCAUAAUCUUCUCUUAAUGGGGUUUUAAUAUUAGUUAUUUUACAAUUUUUUUAUCUUCUAACUGAUAGUAAGAUUUUCCAAAAAAAUGCAACUAAAAGUGAGUUGUGGAGUUUUAGAUUCAUGAAUUGGCCAUGAAGCUCGCCCUGCAGAAAUCCCAGAACGCAGAACUCAGAGAUCAAUUUGAAGGUCAGUCACAUUUCUACUCAUUAAGAUAUUUUUAGAAAUAUUUUUUCGGGGCUAUCAUCAGAAAAUAUAUAGAUUUUUCACAGCAUCAUAGCUAAUUAAUAUUCUAUUAAUUGUUAAGCUUGAUGUGUUCUCAUGUUCUCUAUCUCUCUCUCUCUCUCUCUCUCUCUCUCUCUCUCCUUUUUCAGCUUUAUGUAAGCACAUGGAUGGGCUGACAAACGACAUGGAGAGAUCAAACGAAAUGGUAUCAUUCGAAUUGAAAUGACCAGAAAUUGCCGUUCUUGGAAGUAAUUUAAUAAUUAUUUAAAUCGUCACAGGUGUUUAUUCUGCAAGACAAGCUGGAAGAGAAGAACUAUGAGAUGGCAAAGCUGAAGGAGAUGCUCUCUCAGAGAGGGGUUCAACCAGCAGAAGUCAAUGGAGACGAGAAGGCGAGUGAUGAGUCAAACUCUGCUGAAGCUGAGGACUGA